AGUUCUUCAGGUUUCAUGUCAGUAUUUAUCGGCCACUUUUAGCUACUCGUCAAGAGAUUUGUGUGCCUUAGUAAUUAGCCAGAAUGUUAUCACGUAUUCAGUAAUGUUAAACUUUCUCAACGUUCAGAGGUCGGCCCGUAGGGAAUCCGAUUACCCGACUCCUACUCAGGCCACCGUAGUCGCACAGUUCCGCGACUAUCAUGUUGAGAAAUUCUCCGGGGGAGAUCCCCGUCUCAUGGGCGAGUGGAUUCAGAACCUUAGAAAAAGAAUUAAGUUUAAGAACUCUAGAUUUAAUUCUAGAUUCACUCAAGUCAAGUUAGCAACUUGUCAGAAGAUUUGUAAGCACUCUCAUGGUUAUUCAGUCAUGAGAGUAUUCAGGUCAGUCAUGUUAAGAUCGAGGAUAGUUUGUCUAAUAAGACAAGACUUAUCCAUCAUUUUCAGUAUGUCAGCACCUCGAUUCUCAAAUUCUGAAGAAUCUGAGAAAUCGUGGGAGAUAUUAAGUUAUGAGGGACUUCUUCUUGAGGUUAAGUUUAACCUCGGAGGGAGUAAAAAGUUGCAGGUACCACAGGUUGACAUUCGCCGCGAUGAAGAAGAGCCAAUCGACAACAACAAAUCGUGCCAGGAUGGUAAACCGACGCUUUCCACCCCAAGGAUGCCAUGCUUGAGUCACAGUACACUGAAAGGUUGCAGAGAGUUAGUAUUAAC